UUAUGAAUUUUGAAUUCAAAAGAGUCGUUUUCGUUUGUUGUUGCAACAGUUCUAAUCAGUAAAAUAAAGUACAAAAACUAAAUAAAUAUCGACAAAAAUGGCUUCAGAAUCGAAAGAAACUUGGUUUCUGGAUAUUGUCGAGAAAUUGGACGGCUUCUGCAAACGUGUAGACGAAAAGAUCGAAAAAGAACAGCAACAAAUGAAAGCAUGCAAAAAGAAGACUGAAUUGGAAACUAAACUUGCACAAGAAAUGAAAUUACACAACGAGCUGACAGAGCGUCUCGCAGAGUUGGUGCGACGCGGCAGUGAGCUAGACCGAGUCUGUGCCACCUUCGAGUCACACCUCAGCAUCGCAGACAGCGAUAGAAAUAGAUUGGAUAAUGCCAAAGAGACGUACCAGCUUGCUAAGGAGCUGACAGGCAUCCGAUGGGACUUCAGUGCUCCACCCAAUGUGGCUAAAGGAUAUAUAAAAAGUGAAUCCCGCAAGUUACUCCAACCUAUAGAACUGGACAUGUCUAGUGGAGCCGACAGUGGAGCCCUGUGGGCACUGCUGCAGACCACCGCAGCGCCUGGCUGGCCGUUCCAGGGAGACAAAGAAAAUAGACCUUGUAACGAAGUUAAAUAAGAUAAAAUGUAAUUAUUAAGUUAUUUUAAGUGCCACUUCACUUUAGGACGUAGCAGCGCGACAGUAGCGCGGCAGAAGCACGUUCCUUCAAUGUUAUAGCGUCGCUGCCGCGCUACAGUUAAGUUCAGUGUAGCGCACUUGUCGUGGAGAACCUAUCGGGUUACCGGGUCUCCGGCUCGAAGUGCAGGAGAAGGAACGGGGUGGCUUUUAGU